AUGGCGACGCUCCGAGCCCGCGCGCAGCAAGAGAAGGUCCAUGCUCGGCCGCGCGACCUCUUCCUCCCGUUCACGCCCAUGGAAAAGGAGGAAGCAGAGAUUCUUGUGGACCGUGUGGCCAAAGAGGCCGGCGCGCUUGUUCUGAACGAGCCGACCAAGUCGCUCCUCAAGCCGCUGCGGCCAAUGGCCCUUGGUGUCAACGAAGUCUCGCGGCUCCUCGAGCACCGCCACGCACGUGUUGUCGUCAUGUCCUCAGACGCCUCGGUGCUUGGUAUGUGCAGCCACGUGGCGGUCAUGGCCAUUCAGCUCAACGUCCCGAUCUGUGUCGUCCCGCUCACCUCCGCUGCCCUUGGCGCGAUUUUCAAGCUCAAGCAAGUCUCGGUCUUUGGCUUUCGCACUCUUCCAACGAACGCCAACAGCGUCGCAGAGCUCGAGGAUGCCAUUGUGCAGCUGCGGUCGAUCCAAGAUUUUGUCGUGGCCAAGGCGUCACCCAUUGUGCACACGCAGUAGAAAGGACGGCCAGCGUGGCAUAUUGGACUGUAGACCUCUGGUUGACGCAAACUAUUGUCCAUCAAUAUAUAUAUAGUAUUAGUGCAUACGGC